CCCCACCAUGCCUUCAUUCCUGUCCUUGUCACUGCUGGCCGCGUCCGCGGCGACGGUGGCGUUCGCCAAACCGCUGUCCACUUACCCUUACUCCACGCCGCGCGAGCGCUCGCAGUUCAAGGUCGCCCCGCUGCAUGUGGAGGAGCAUCCCCAUGGCACCGUGAACAACUCGUACAUUGUCAUGCUGAAGAGCGACCUACCGCCGGCGCUCAUGCAGAACCACAUGAACUUCCUGCAGGCGACGCACGAGGCGAACUCGGCGCUCGCCGGCGACGCGUUUUCCGGCGUGUCUCAGGUGUACGACGGUCACGUCAAGGGCUACGCGGGCAAGUUCAGCGACGACACUCUUGACGCUAUCCGAACCAUGCCCGAGGUGGAAUACGUUGAGCGUGAUCAGAUUGUCCGCACCCAAGAUGUUCCGAGUCUUGCGAGUCACGCAACCCAGAAGAACGCUCCUUGGGGCCUUGCGCGUGUCAGCCAUCGUAAGAGGCUCUCCCUAGGUACCUUCAGCAAGUACGAAUUCGAGGAGAAUGGUGGCGAGGGAGUCGACGUUUACGUUAUCGACACCGGGAUCAACGUUGACCACGUCGAGUUCGAGGGUCGCGCGUCGUGGGGGAAGACCAUGCCCCAGAACGACCAGGACAUCGAUGGUAACGGCCAUGGCACCCACUGCGCUGGCACCAUCGCUUCCCGCGCGUACGGUGUUGCGAAGGCUGCGCACGUGAUUGCGGUGAAGGUCCUCGGCACCAACGGCAGCGGCACCAUGUCAGACGUCGUCGGCGGUGUUGUAUGGGCUGCACAACAAGCGACGGCGAAGAUGCAGGCCGCUGAGAAGGAGUACGCUAAGACUGGCACAACCAAGCACAAGGGCUCUGUCGCGAACAUGUCGCUCGGUGGUGGCAAGUCCAGGGCUCUUGACGACGCUGUCAACCGGGCAGUUGAAGGCGGUAUGCAUUUCGCGGUCGCGGCUGGUAACGACAACCGCGACGCUUGCAACUACUCCCCUGCUGCGGCUGAGAAGGCUGUGACCGUUGGUGCUUCCACUCUCAUGGACGAGCGCGCGUACUUCUCCAACCACGGCAAGUGCGUCGACGUCCUUGCCCCAGGUCUGAACAUCAAGUCUACCUGGAUUGGCAGCGAGGAGGCUACCAACGUCAUCUCUGGUACUUCUAUGGCGUCGCCUCAUACGGCCGGCAUGCUCGCGUACCUUCUGUCGCUUUACCCUUCGCAGACGUUCAACCCCGACCUGAACGAAUUUGUGCCGUCUCAGAUGAACAGCGAACGCACCGCCCCCAGCACAUUCGCGACCAUGUACUCCAUCGCGCAUGCAAGCCUCCCCAGCUGGGCCGUUACCUUCCUUCCCCCUCCGCAAUUAGUCGCGUCCCUGGAGGCGGCUCCCACUGGCCCCAAGACCCUUUCCCCUGCGCAACUGAAAGCGGCCCUCAUUGCUCUUUCCAGCAAGGACGUGUUUGCAGAGCUCCCCGACGGCACUCCAAACUUGUUGAUCUUCAACAACGCCACUGCAUAGGGUGACCGUUUCACGAUCCGUCACGAUCCAGGAUAUCAGCAUGGUCGGGGUGCAGCCCACCCUAUUCCCGACUCUGUACAGUACAUAGCGGUCUCAAGCAUGUUUCAGUCUUUUCAGCAAUAUAUUAGCAAUAAACAUACGUGAU